AUGAAUACUAAGUCUGUUGUCAAGAGUGAGCACAAAAUAUGUAUGAAUUUCCUUGAUCCAAUUUCCCAUCUCAAACUGAUGAAAGGUAGUGUCACUUUUCCUUUGAGCGAAUUACAGGGCGGAAAAGGAAGCACUCUGAUGACAUCGCACGUCGAGAAAGAAGCUGGCAGAGGUCUUGUUGAAGAAGCCUUGACUCGUCUAUCCGAUUCCUCAUCAACUCCUGACCGAUGUAGAGAAAGUUCAGCCGAGGCAUUGUUCGCCUUGGACCUGAAAGGAGGAAGAGCAGGUGUUGAAGCUCAUAGGCUUGGAGAGCUCCUGCCUUUACCGGAUCUAAUGUUAAAGCAUACGUACCCUUUUGCAGACGAGUCACCUAUUAAGAGUCGAACAUCCUCAAAAUCUUUUCCAGAUGGUAAGCCGUAA